GGACAAGCCAUAAAUAAAAAGGCCCAGUGUUUAGCAUCUUUUCCCAAUAUUUUGCAUCAAAACCUUUGAUCUUCUUGUUGGUCAUUGGUCGGUAUCUGGCGAGACAUUUACCAGUGUUUCCCUACUGCUUAAAUCUUGCGAUCUGCCCUCCAUCGAUUUAUUAUUAUCAUUUACUGGACCAUACGCGACAUUUAUACCCAACCGACACUAAAAAGUAUAUGACAUGGUCGAACAAGUCAAAAAGGCCAACUACACGUUGGUCGUCGCAUUAUGUCUGUUUGCCUCAAUGGGCGGGUUUCUUUUUGGAUAUGACACUGGUACGAUUGGCGGCCUCUUGAAUAUGCAAAACUUCAAGGAACACUUUGGGAGCUAUAGUCCCGCAUCCGGUUAUUACUUUAGCAACGUUCGAACAGGUCUCAUUGUUGCUGUCGUCUCAAUUGGUUGUUGCAUCGGAUGUCUUGUUUCGGGAAAUAUGGCGGAUCGGAUCGGUCGACGUGGAUCCAUCAUUGUUUGGACCGUCGUAUACGCCAUUGGUAUCGUGAUUCAAAUAUCUGCUUCUUGGGCUUGGUAUCAGAUCAUGAUUGGAAGGAUCAUUGCGGGCGGAGGUAUCGGUGCUUUAUCGACGCUUGUUCCAAUGUAUCAGUCCGAAACGUGUCCAAAGCAAUUGAGAGGCAUCCUCGUCAGUUCCUUCCAACUGUUCAUUACACUGGGCAUCUUGAUUGGCUACUGCGUCGUAAAGGCGACAGAAGGCCAAGCGUCUACGAGUGCAUGGCGAAUCCCUCUUGGAAUUUGCUUCAUCUGGGCCGGCGUACUUGGUAUAGGCAUGGUGUUCAUGCCCGAGUCCCCUCGAUACCUGUUGAAGCAAGGUGAUCAGUCUGCAUCUACCAAUUCUCUGGCCAAGAUCUACGCCACAAGCCCAGAUGAUCCGUUGAUCCAAGAAGAGGUGAAAGAAAUUGCUGAAGGCAUCGAACGAGAAGAGGCUGAAGGCACUGCAUCAUGGGGCGAGUGCUUCACAGGAAAACCGAAAAUGUUCCGUCGAUUACUUAUCGGACUGGGAGUAAUGAUCCUCCAACAACUGACCGGCGCCAACUUUUUCUUUUACUAUGGAAACUCCAUCUUCCAGUCGGUCGGAAUAGAUGACUCGUACAUCACCGCCAUUAUCCUCGGCGCAGUCAACUUUGUCUCGACAAUACCCGCAUUAUUCCUUGUACAAUAUUUCGGUCGCCGCAUUCUCCUCAUCGUCGGGGCGGUCUGGAUGUUCAUAUGGUUCAUGGUCUUCGCAUCGAUGGGAACCUUCCAUGACUCCAGCGACGCAAAUGUCGGCCGAGUCAUGAUUGCUGCGGCUUGUAUGUUCAUCUUGGGCUUUGCCACGACCUGGGCACCAUUGGCAUGGGUCAUUGUCGCUGAAACCUAUCCCAUCCGCGUCCGAUCAAAAGCGAUGGGAAUUGCAACCAGCGGAAACUGGAUGAUGAACUUUUUGAUCUCCUUCUUUACGCCGUUCAUCACAUCCGCGAUUGGAUAUAGAUAUGGAUACGUUUUUGCGGCCUGCUGUCUAUUCGCUGCAUUCUUUGUCUUUUUCUUGGUGCCUGAGACCAAGGGACGGAGUUUGGAGGAAGUUGAUGAGUUGUACGCGGCUGGAGUGCCGGCAUGGCGGAGUGCCAACUGGGACCCCCAAACGGGUCCUCAUGGCAAAAAUAACGGACUGGAGUUUCAGCAUAAGGAGGUGGUGCGGGGAGAUAGUGCUGCAACAGUAUAAUAACGCGAGACUGUUUUGGCGGCCCGAAUACUGACACAGCAAUCUUCUGUUUUUCUACUAGAUAUAUAAUAUGUAAUAUGCGCUUCCUCCUAUCUGCAACUCUUGAUCAGAAAUGCACAACACUUCUCUAGGUACUUCGGGACCAUGAACCAUGAGAGCCCAAUCAUGUCUUGGUUUACAGUUGCAGUUUAUAGCGAUUGACUAAAUCAAACAAUGCAUCUAUCCUACUCUAUAAUCAUGUUAAAUAAUGAACAAGUGCCCUGA